CUUGGUGUGCAACUUUCAAAAGCCAUGCCGUGGAUUUGCGGAGUUUGUGGUCAUUUGUGCCAUGAUAUUAUUUGUAUCUGUCAUAGCUCCUUUCAUUCUUUGGGGUUCAUACGCCUAUCCGUUGGCCUUCGUCAUCGAUUAUGUGUUUGGCGAUGUUCUCAGGGGCGGCACACGUUCGUGUCAGGAAGUUGCAAGCGAAAGCCCGAACAUAACAUUCGAAGACUGCGAGGAGAGCCGUCAAACGCCAUACAUUAUGAAUCGCCGUUUUGCUCUAUUUGCCGCACCCCUCGUCUUUGCUUUCAUAUGCUUCGUCCUGAAAGGUUAUGUCCGUAAAGGAAAACGGCUUCUCCAUUGGCUUUUGCUUUUAAGUGCAUCGCUCUUUGGAGUCUUAUUUUUUCCAUGGUUUUUGUAUUUCUCUCUUCGUUUCCUACCAGACUGGAUGAAAAUAGUUCUUGUUCUACCAAUUCUCUUUAUUUGGAUUUCAUUCCCUCUCGCGCGCAGAAAUGCUACCCUGAUGAUUGUUAUUUAUCUGUACUCGUUCACAACUCACAGCAGAAUAUAUCGCAUGAGUGUCUUUGGAGUCAUCUACACUAAGAACACCUUCAAUUAUCUACUAAGUGUAUCAGUCAUAUUACUGUGGAUUGGUCCUCUGAUUGAAGCCAUUCAACGAAGUCUCCCCCACAUUUGUGUCAGAUGGAUUAUCCAAAAGGGAUUCUACUAUCCUCAGACCGUUGGUGAAUAUGGUUGCAGUGGAAUCUCUUGGCGUGACCUCAUCCUUUUUUGGCCGGCUUCCAAGAAUUCCAGAGUCCAGCACGUAACCUCUAAGCAAGCGUUGACCUUAGAUGAUGUGGAUGACUUCUCACCUAUCUACAUCGCUUGCACUACCGUCAACAGAUGGCGACGCACUUCCUCCCCCGGCGAACCUCAUUAUGAAGUCCUUACCAUGUCCCCACACGGUAUCGAACGGCUCGAUCGCUGUUCUGACGAGCAAGAGCUUCACGGCAAGCUAUUGGCCGAAGAUGUAUACCUGUCUGAUGCUGCGGCAACUUCGAACGCUGCGGUCAGCUAUGAUAUGGGAGUACAGCAAUGUGAUGAGGCACCCUCUCGGGAUUUAAAGGUCAUGUUGGGACUCUCCGCCGGAGCGUAUAUUGUGGCUGAUCAGAGGCAUGAGACCAAACGUCAUUUCUGCGUUCAGUAUCUUCCUCUUCUGAUUGAGUUAAUCCGAUUGGUUCCUUUGGCUCUCAUUCUCUUCCUGUACGCCAGGACUAAUAAUGAAAUCGUCUUGGUUGCUGGGAUGUUGAUUCAUCUUGGUAUCUGCCUAAUAUUUUCCUUAUUUGCGCUGGUACCAACUGGAGGAAAAUAUCUCGGGAGACUGGAACGACUUGCCAGAUGGUUCACGAUCAACGUUUCUUCCGUACACUACUAUCGUUUGAUGAUGGAUAUGACCAACGUAGGACCCAAUCCUCCACCCGUUUUAUCCUUGAGUGACGGCGGCCAUCUUGAAAAUCUUGGUAUUCUACCCUUAUUGAAGCUGAGACUCGAAAAGAUCGUGGUAGUGGACGGAGGACGCUCUAUUUUAGACAAGGACUACGGAAAAUCCUUGAUGAUUGCUCUGGAUUUGGCCAGGAAAAAGUUAGGAUGCUCAUUCUCAGCUGUAGAUGGACGAGAUAUUGCCGAGGAUAUUCGGGAUAACUUCGUGGAGAGGAGCCCUAGGUCACAGCCAAGUAACUACAGAUUUAAGGUACAUUAUUAUGAUAAGAACGUUAACAGCGACGGGAAGACUAAAGUUGGCGAAGGGGAUAUCCUAUACAUAGUUCCCAGGCAUCCUGACAAAGCAGUGAAAACUUCGUCUUAUGUGACCUGGAAGGAAGCGUUGCGUGACACGGAUGGAGAUCUGGAGGCUGGUCUUUGGGGGCCUGGUCCCGAGCUGUCAUCGGAAGAGGCCAAUCAAUUGACAUUCUGUUGCUGUGAAUGUUGCCAUGGGAAUAUAUGUCGCAGCUUGUCUGAGGCGUUAUGUGGGAUGUUCCCACAUCACUCUACUAACCAUCAGUUCUUUACACCAACAAUGUUCACUGCUUACCAUAGGGAGGGUUAUCGCGCUGGCAUGGAGGCGAAAGUAGCUGAGUUUGUGCCUAAUAGGCAUGAACCUUCCACUUCAGAGACUAUCUUAAUAUGAAUAUUGAUGAAUAACGUGUAAACUUCUUGUAGGUUGAGAAUUAACUCUUUCUUUAUGACUAAGUAACCUACAUGUGUAACCAAAUUAAAUAGGAUGUCGAACAAUAAAUCGACUAAAACACCAUUA